AUGAGUCAACUCUUCCACGGAACAUUCGUUCACACUGUUGAUGGCAAGCUCGAAAUCCUCGAAAACACAUACAUGCAUGUAAAAGAUGGCAAGAUCGAAUAUAUCGGAAAGGAUAAACCAGCUUUCGAAGGCGAAAUCCAAGAAUUUGGAGAGAACAAGCUUAUCAUGCCAGGCCUUAUUGAUUGCCACAUUCAUGCUCCACAGUAUGUCUUCGCAGGAUGCGGAUUUGACCUUCCACUUCUUGAGUGGUUAAAUACAUACACAUUCCCAGCUGAAUCCAAGUUCAAAGAGGUAGAUUAUGCUAAGAGAAUCUACAAGGCUGUCGUUGAUCGCACUCUUUCUAGCGGAACAACAACAGCUUGCUAUUUCGCAACUAUUCAUACCCCAGCUUCUCACUUCCUUGCUGAGGAAUGCAAAAAGCGCGGACAGCGUGCCUUCAUCGGAAAGGUUUCGAUGGAUCGCAAUUCACCAGAUUUCUACAUCGAAACAACAGAAGAUGCUAUUUCAAAGGCCAAGGAGUUCGUUGACUCUUUCAAGGACCCAGAGAGCAUUGUUCAGCCAAUUGUUACACCACGCUUCGUUCCAACAUGCACACCAGCCCUUAUGAAAGGACUUCAUGAGAUCAUUGAGAAGCAUCCACAUUGCUUGAUCCAAUCCCAUGUUUCCGAGAACCUCGGUGAAAUCGCUUGGGUUAAGGAAUUACAUCCAGAGUGCCCUAACUACACAUCCGUCUACGAAGAAUUCGGACUUCUCAACCAGCAUACAAUUCUUGCUCACGGUGUUCACCUUACAGACGAGGAGCUUAAGCUUCUUGCCAAGACAGGUGGUGCUAUUGCCCAUUGCCCAUCUUCCAAUUUCAUGCUUUACUCCGGCAUCUGCGAUGUUCGUCGCCUUCUUGAUGCUGGCGUCAAGGUCGGCCUUGGUACAGAUGUCGCUGGUGGCCCAUCCCCAUCAAUGAUCCAUGCUAUGCAGAACGCUCUUAUCUGCUCACGCGCAAACCUCUUCCAGCACCGCAAAGACGGCCAGGAAUACAAGCUACUCGAAACAGCAGACGUUUUCUAUCUCGCUACAGAAGGUGGUGCAAACGCACUUUCUAUCGGUGAUAAGGUCGGAAACUUCAAGGUCGGAAAGGAAUUCGAUGCUAUUGUCGCUGACAUGAAUACAGGCCUUUGCGAUUGCUUCACAAAGGAGAAGACAACAGAUCUUCUUGAUAAGUUCGUUCAGCGCGCUGAUGACAGAAACAUUAUCCGUGUUUAUGUCCGCGGCAACCUUGUCAAGAGUACAGCCAAGUAA